GGAGGGGGAAGAGAAGUGGGGGGAGGGGAGACAAAUGUAGGGGAAUAAAAGGCAAAUUUUGGGGGGAAGAAAGAGAAAUUUAGGGAAAAAACAUCGAAUCCCACCCACAAGUGGCAGCAGUGGGGAACUAUGACAUCACCACGGCAUCAAUGUGGCCUAUUUUACCCCAAAUAUGGCUAAUUUCAACCAAAUGUGGCAUACUUCGCCCCAAAGGCGCCAUGUUUCGCCCAGCCGUGCCAUAUUUCACUCAACUAUUCCAUAUUUCACCCAAACGUGCCCAAUUUCCCAUCAAAAAUGGCCGCCCCCACCCAACGGGAGAACUACAACUCCCAUCAGCCCCCGCGCGAGGGCGCGGAGGCGGCGCAGCGCGCAUGCGCGUUCCCGGAAGGAGGAGGCGGGAUUUCCGCCAUUUUGCAGCGUUCCCUCAGCGCCGGGAGCCGUUUCCUUCGGCUCUUAAAGGGGGCACGGCGCCGGGUGGGGUCCCACUCGCGGAGCGGCGGAGCGGAGCGCGGUGGCGGAGGUCGAUCUCCCCGUGCCCCCGAUGGCGACCGGCGCCGGAAGCGCCGUGAGUUGGACGCCCGCCGCAGCAAAUGCCGCAUCCGCCUGGGGGGGCACCUGGAGCAGUGGUGCCGCCUGAAGGAGCAGCUCGGCUUCGCCCUGCACUCCCAAUUGGCCAAAUUCCUCCUCGACAGGUACAGCUCGCAGGGCUGCGCUGUGGGUGCAGCUCCCCGCCCCGCAGACCCCAACCUUCUCCACGCCGAUGCCGAUGCCUUGCAGCGCUUGGUCGCGUUGUCCCACGGCCACAGCCGGGAGUGCGGCUUCGUCCCCGGCGUGAAGCCGCCGGCCCCAGGCAGCCCGGCCCCGCUGGUGUGGGAGUGCGUGGCCGGACACCGCUUCUCCUGGGGCGUCCCCAACGUGGGUGAUGUCGCAGAGAGGUGCGAUGGAGCCGGGGGGGGUUCAGAGCAGGGGUCCCCCCCGGUCCCCGUUCGUCGGCGGUCGCUGCGGAGGAUGGGGAUGGUGGUUGAGCCGACGGUGGAAGAGCCCAACGCCGGGAAGGACGAUGGAGUUUGGUCACCUGGUGGUGAUGGAGAUGGCGGUGGAGGCGGCGAUGGAGCUCCCCGGGGGCAGACGGAGGGAGAAACCACGGCACCGGAGCACGAGAGCACGCCUGGGUUGGAGGAGAAAGCGGAGCGACGGGCUGCGCCCCAGGAGGAGCAGGAGGAGGAGGAGGAAGAUGAGGACUUUGCUGAGGAAGAUGACCUCGCCUAUACUGAUGAUUUGCGCGAUGAGAACUACCACCCAUCUCAGGACAGUGACUCUGAGCCACAGCGACGACAAAGCCAGCCCCACAGCCGUAAGAAACCCGUGAAGGAGGAGCAGACCCCAAAUGAGCAGAACCCAAUCGACCCCAGCUCAGCGGAGGAGAAGAGCGGGCGAGUCAGCUGCAAGCAGCCAACGCGGCCGAGCGAUGAGGACGUGGCCCAGAUCGGCCCCAAAAGAAUCAGGAAAGCAGCGAAACGUGAAAUCCUCCUCUGCGACUUCGAGGGCUGCGGGAAGAUCUUCUCCAACCGGCAGUACCUGAACCACCACAAGAAGUACCAGCACGUGCACCAGAAAACCUUCACCUGCUCGGAGCCCAGCUGCGGCAAAUCCUUCAACUUCAAGAAACACCUCAAGGAGCACGAGAAGCUGCACAGCGACAAGCGAGACUACAUCUGCGAGUUCUGCGCCCGCUCGUUCCGCACCAGCAGCAACCUGAUCAUCCACAGGCGCAUCCACACGGGGGAGAAGCCCCUCCAGUGCGAGAUCUGCGGCUUCACCUGCCGCCAGAAAGCCUCCCUCAACUGGCACAUGAAGAAGCACGACGCCGACGCCUUCUACCAGUUCUCCUGCGACCUCUGUGGCAAGAAGUUCGAGAAGAAGGACAACGUCACCGCCCACAAGAGCAAGAGCCACCCCGAGGCGCCCGGCGCAGCCCCCCAGGCCGUGCCAUCCCCCCCCCCAGCCCCGGGGGGGGCUGAGCUUCCAGGGGGGGACGCUCCGAGUGGAGCGGAGCAAGGCGAUGGGCACGCACCUCCUGCUGCUGCUCCGGAUGAGUGAGAAGGAAUUUGGGGCAGAAUCCUGCGCUGCUAGGUGCUAUCAGAGCGGUGGGGGUGGGGGGGGUGGGGGGAGAGCCUCGUUCCUCCGGAGCCGGCCGCAGGAUCCGCAAUAAAGGGUGGUUUUGUAUAAAAGCGCGUUCCCUGCGUCCUGAAGGCAGACAGGUCAAGCUUGCGCCGUGCCCCUGCCCAGGGGUCAUCCACUGAGGGCAGAAAUGAAAGGCAACGUUAAGCCCAAGGGAGCUGGAUGGGGUUUAGCUGCAAGUCAGGGCGCUGCUUCCACAGCCCUUAUUAACGAUGACUAAUUGCAAGCUCUACCCCGAGCCCUGCAGACUCCCCCCCCUCCCCGCCCCUCAGCUCGUUCUUACUGACAGGAGCGCAGUAUCCAUGUACCCUGGAAGACCCCAGCCCCAAUGGGAGGGGGGAAGGAAGGUGGAUGUGGGGGAGGACGGCGCUUUGGACCCUAU